GGUUUCUGUACCAUUUAGACCUCCCUCUGUUGCUUUGCAGUAUGAGCAUUUGUCUUUGUUUUUGCGCGCUGGUUUUGUGGUGUUGCUGUGCUGCACCACCGGCAUAUAUUCAGUUCUUUCCCCCUGCCUGUCUUAAUGGUAUUCUGAAUACAUCCGACUGAAUGAAUGGGAAGCGGGGGAGAAAGGGGAAAAAACAGAGAGAGCAUUGCAUUUUUUUUUUUACUUUCACUCACUCACUCUUUCUUUUUUCUUCUCUUUCCCCCUUUUCCUCUCCUCCCAUCCCGCGUCCACCUCCUGCCCGUCCAUCUUCUUCUCAUUUCUUUUCGCUUCUCUCUCUUAUUCCCCUCUCUUUCCCUCCUGCUAUCUCGCUCCAACCCCUAGCCGUCAAUCUUCACCCGUCAACUUUCCGCUUACUGCCAACGCGUCCGGUCCCUCGCAAAGCGAACACAACAGCAAGCAAGGGCUCGUUUUUUGAUCGCACAACACCUGCACUCGCAGCAUCCCGAUCGUCCCCCCGCCUACAUUCCUCACCAGCAAACAAGCCCCACGCAAGGGUCAACCCCGUCCUCAACCAACCCUCGCAUCUACACCACAGCUCGCCCUGUCAUCCUCACUUUCUCCCCAUCCAACUUCAGCUGCGGCACACUCACAGCCUCUAUCCGGCAUGCUCGGUCCUGGUCCUGGCCCUGCGCCUACGCCUUCGCUGACACUCCCUCCCCUCAGGGAGCUGGACAAGUCUCUUGGACCUGAAUCUGAUCAUGGCCGCUUUCCUACUCACCAUGCUGCCCCUCAAGGCCAGCCUCGGACACAGUCAUCUGAUCCUCAUCUUCAUCAACACUUUCAUCAGCAACGACCUCACACACAAACACCACCGUAUUCUCAACCGUCCUCUCAGCAUGGUUAC